AUGAAGAAGGUCGCCCGAGCGCUCAUCUGUGACUUUGGAUCGGGUUCUCUACUACAGACCUGCGGUUGGAUUGUUCCCCCAGACAGUCAUCCAAAGCUCAGAUGGAGGACAGGUCAGGGCGCUCAGGCGUAUUGGAUGGGCGGCCCUCGCAAUGAUCACACACUCGCCGAUACCAGCGGUGGUUACAUAUACUUUGAAACAUCACACCAACCCAUUGCCAGCGCAGGUCCAGCACUAUUGAGUGAUACUCCAAACGCAUCCAACACUUCCAGUUUCGGUUCGUCUAAGUUUUCCUCUGGAAAUGCAUUACUUCGACCACUUCUUAAUAAAUUCCCGGUUUUCCAUCCGAUGUCAUCGGAGCCAAACAGUGAGCUUCCAGUGCCCAACUCUGCUAACUUUCAGGGACCCAAUAUAUCGGACACCGGCCCUAAUGGCUUGUGUUUGAGUUUCUUCUACGCAAUCGAUGGCUUGAGUGCGGAUAACCUUCAGAUUCAUUUGAGAGAUGUUGAGACGGGAAGUGAUCGUACGAUUUGGCAAAGCAGUGAAGGAAUGGAAGGCACGUGGGUUAGGGGCGAAGUGGCCUAUACUUAUGGCUCCGUCCAUAAGAUCGUUUUGAAAGCCUUAUCCAAGAAGUUGGACGACUCAGAUCGGGCCUAUAGGGGGUAUAUAGCCGUCGAUGACGUCCAGUUCCAGCCCAUCGAUGAGGCAGAGGAACAGUGCAAAGGUCACUGCACUUUCGAAGGGGGUCUUUGCGGAUGGACUAAUCAGGAGGAAAAUGAUGAGUUUGAUUGGACUCUCGGCAGAGGCUCGCAAAAUAUAUUCACGGGUCCGUCGCGUGAUUUCACAAGUUUUGGCCAAAAUGAACAGUCGGGAGGUUUCGUAUACAUUGAGUCUUCGUUCCCCCGAAGACCGGGUGACAGAGCAAUGCUCGUCAGCCCUCUUAUGAACCCAACAGAUGAAAGCAAUCCAUUGUGUAUGAAAUUCGCGACUCAUAUGUACGGAAAUGGUAUCGGAGUCUUAAGAGUUAGACUCCGGUAUACCGGCGAUGAGGAAAGACCCGAAAAGAUAGUGUGGGAAAUAAAAGGAGAGGCCGGAAAUAACUGGUACUUGGGUCAGGUGCCCGUCUCAUCACCCGCGCAGUCCUUUCAUGUCGUUAUCGAAGGAAUUAUAGGCCAGAAUUCAUUGGGAAAUAUAGCGAUUGACAACUUAUCGUUUCAAAUUGGCACCUGUCCCAUCUCGCCUCAAACGGCUUCGCGAGGAAGCGGUGACUGCACUUUCGAGGAGAACAUGUGUUUGUGGCACAACCCUCUGCCACACAGUCGUGUCGAUGACUUUGAUUGGCUCAGACAAUACAGCUUUGGCGGGACGGGUCCUAAAUACGAUCACACCAAGAAAACACCCGAAGGUUAUUUCAUAAAUCUGAGCGGCGAUGCACUGCAGCCCCAAAGGGGUGGCACCAGAGCCUGGCUAUUGAGUCCAGAAUUUACACCACAGACCACAACACCCAAGUGUUUGUCUUUCUAUUACUACAUGUUUGAAAGGACUAUAGACCCGGCCGGGCCCAGUCUCGGCAGUCUCAGAGUCUAUAUUAAAACUCUCAGCGAUAGUGGAGAGCAAUUGAACUUAGUUUGGCGUUUAAACAACCAUCAGGCACAGGGUUGGAGACCAGCAAAAGUUCCGCUCACAAUAGGAUUGGAAAAGAAACCUCCGCUACAGACCUAUCAGAUAUUAAUUGAGGGCAUUUGGGGCGACGGACGGGUUGGAACCAUUGCUAUCGAUGACGUUAGUUUCUUCGACGGCAACUGCGCGCCUCAACCGACCAAAGCGGCGGCAGUGAUGGGUGAGUGCUCUUUCGAGAGAGAUCUGUGCGGUUACCGAAACCAGUCGGGAACGGGUCCGCCAGAAGUGGCACAGUUCUCGCCGUCACCGGCAAAGGCGGCGCUUAUAUCCAAUAAAAGACAAUCACUGAACAGAUUAUCGGUCUCAUCGAAAGAGUCGUUGACGUGGAAGUUGGCCACACCUACGAGCAGACCCGCCAACCUUCAAGACCACACAUUUAGAGCUCCGAACAACGCAGAAGGGGGUGCGCCUCCAGAAGAGGCCGAUAAGAGGGGACAAAACGCAUUGACUAUUGAAACAAAAAACUUGUUGUGGAGAAUGUCUACGAGAAGGUUCGAUACGAGUCGCCCGGAAUGGAUAUACGGCCAGUUGGCCAUCAAUUCGGAAAUACCUUAUCGGAUCCAGUUUGAAGGCGAGGCCUCAGACGGCGGGUUCGCUUUGGACGACAUCACCUUUUAUGACGGAUUGUGUCAAACCCGUCCACUUCAGGCAGCGGUCGCUUCUAAUACACAGUCGGAUAACUUGAAUGUAAAUGAGAAGUCUCUUCGCGAGCAGUGAUUUAACAAAUAGUAAUUGAUUUGAGAAAAAAAGUUUUACUAAUUACAUGAUUAACGGAAGAAUUUUAUGUAUUUAUACUAAAGUCAAUAUUUGAAGC